GUAUUUGUUAAUUUGGAUUAAAUAUUGUUAUGGGUGAGCGUUAUUGUUAGUGGACCGCAGGUAAAAAGGAGUGAAAAGAAUAAAAUAUGCAGAAGUCACAGCGAUUAAAUAGAGAAAUAAAGCGUUUGUUGGAGCAUCCUCCCGAAGGAAUAAGUUGCUACACUUCCGACAAGCUUAAUUAUUUAUCAGUAAAUAUAAUUGGCCCUCAUGGUAGUCUAUUUGCGGGAUCGCUCUUUAAAUUAGAUCUAGAGAUACCCAGUCGAUAUCCAUUUGUACCACCGAGAUUGAAGUUUGUUACACCGGUGUAUCAUCCUAACAUCGAUACUCAAGGUAGAAUAUGUAUGGACCUUUUAAAAAUGCCACCAAACGGUGGAUGGAGGCCGACGAUCAGUUUAGAAAACUUGAUUGUCGCGGUGCAAUCUUUACUUUGUAAUCCAAAUCCUGAUGAUCCGUUAAUGGUCGAUAUAGCUGAAGAAUAUCGCUUCAAUAAGAAAGAAUACGAAAGAAAGGCGAAAAAGCUGCUCUUAGAGUAUGAAAGAAGCAACGACUGAAAUUGACAAUUGUUAUAUUAUUGCCUCUAUUGUGUAUGCUUAUUUAUA